GACACUUAAUUCCUUCAAUUGAGCCACUCUUCCUAAGAAGCCAGUAGCGUUAAUUUUAUUAUUUUCACAAACAUUAUUGCAAGAUACAAGUCAAACAAAAACUCGGCAUCUUCACCAUUGACUUAUGAUACUAUCGGAUCUCAUCGCUACAUCCAAUAAAUUUCCCACCGUCUUCCACGCUUCAAACAUUGUGUAAAUUUCUCUCGUUUCAAAUCUCAGAUCCAUGGCGAUUCAAGUGCCAGCAAUAUCAUCCCUUGGCUUCACCAGCAAAACGAAGUACAGAUACGAUGUUUUCUUGAGUUUCAGAGGCGAAGAUACUCGCCACUCCUUCACUGAGAUUCUCUACAAUGCUUUGCGCCGGAAGGGAAUCAACGCCUUCAUUGACGACAAGAAGCUCGGCAAAGGGGAAGAGAUCUCACCUACGCUUCUUAAAGCCAUAGAGAGAUCCAGGAUUUCCAUUAUUGUGUUCUCUACCAACUACGCUACUUCCACAUGGUGCCUUGAUGAACUUGCCCAUAUCAUUCGGUGUAAGAAGGAGAAGAACCAGCUGGUAAUGCCCAUCUUCUACAAGGUGGAUCCCAUGGAUGUUCGGUUUCAGAGAAAUAGCUUUGGAGAAGCCAUGGCUGCUCAUGAAGUUGGUAGGUUCAAGAAUGAAGCGGAGAAAGUGUGCAAGUGGAGGUCUGCGUUGUAUGAAGCUGCUAGUUUGUCAUCUGCAUGGCUUUUUGGAGAGGGAAACAAAGUUGGGUUUAUUGAAAGGAUUGUUGAAGAAGCAUAUUCUAUGCUACCUCCUAAACGCUUCCAUAAUACUGAUCACUUGGUUGGACUUGAGCCUCGCGUAGAGGAGUUGAUGUCAAUCAUAAAUAAAUCUGAUGAUCUUGUUUGUAUGUUGGGGAUUUAUGGAACUGGUGGAAUUGGCAAGACAACCCUUUCAAAAGCUUUAUAUAAUUCAAUCUUCCACAAAUUUGAUGGUGCAUGUUUUUUGUUUGAUGUUCGGGAAGAAUCGAAUAAAUAUCAAGGUAUUAUUCAUCUUCAACAGACACUUUUAUCUGAGGUUCUUGAGGAAAAGAGGAUGAAGUUUAGUAGUGCUGAUGAAGGAAUAUCAAACAUAAAACACAGGCUCUCUCACAAGAAUGUUUUGUUGGUUCUUGACGAUGUUGAUGAGGUUGAACAAUUAGAACAACUUGCCGGAGGGUGUGAUUGGUUUGGUCGUGGAAGCAAGAUAAUUGUAACGACAAGAAAUAAGCAAUUGCUGAUUGCAUGUAAUGUUAAAAACACAUACGAAAUGAAGAAGCUAAAUGAGGACGACUCUCUUGAGCUCUUUUGUUCGCAUGCAUUUCGAAUGAGCCAACCUCCAAAGGGCUAUGAAAAUAUGUCUGCUCGUGUCAUAAGAUAUGUACGUGGUCUUCCUCUGGCAUUAAAAUUAGUAGGCUCCAAUUUGACACAUAAAAACUUAGAGGAAUGGAGAUCUACAUUGGAACGGUAUGAGAGAAUCCAAGAAAGAACAAUCCAUGAGGUACUAAAGAUAAGCUAUGAUUGCUUACAAGACGCUGCCAAACGUAUUUUUCUAGAUAUUGCUUGUUUCUUUAAAUAUGAGAUAUUGGAAUUUGUUGAAGACAUACUGGAAGCCUGUCAACAUGGGGCAAGGUUUUAUAUUGAAGUUCUUGUCGAUAAAUCUUUGAUAAAUAUUGAUGAUAAUAAUGGUUUCUUGUACAUGCACGACCUAAUACAACAAAUGGGCAAAGAAGUUGUCAGGCAAGAGGCAUCAAGUCCUGGUGAACGCAGUAGAUUAUGGCAUUACAAAGAUGUUGUUCAAGUAUUAUGUGAAAAUUUAGGAAGCAGUAAUAUUGAAGGAAUAAUACUCAAUCCGCCUCAACAAGAAAAAGUGGAAUGGGAUGGUUUAGCCUUUGAGAAGAUGAAUAAUCUCAAGAUUCUCAUUGUUCGAAAUGCCCAAUUUUCAACGAGUCCUAAAUGCUUUCCCAAUAGUUUGAGAUUACUUGACUGGAAAGGAUAUCCUUCUGCAACUUUACCACCAGAUUUUUCUCCUUCAAGACUUGUUUGCUUCAAGUUAUAUGGAAGUCUUUUCACAUUGGAAGAACCAUUCAAGAAGUUUGAAUAUGUAACAGACAUGGAUUUCUCACUAUGUGAAUUGAUAACUGAAGUACCUGAUUUGUCACAAUUUCAAAGUUUAAAGACACUGAGCUUUCGUGAAUGUCACAAUCUGAUCAAAGUUCAUGACUCGGUGGGAUGUCUCUCUAAGCUUGAAAGAUUAGAUGUUAGUGAAUGCACCAAAUUGACACGCUUUCCGCGUGAAAUCAACAUGACAUCUCUUCAAGAGCUUGAUCUCAGUCAUUGCAAGAGUCUUGAUUACUUCCCAAGCAUUGUAGGAAAGAUGGAAUAUCUAAUGCAAAUUUUGCCAGAAGACACUGCUAUUACAGAGCUCCCACCUUCCAUUGGAAAUCUUCCGGAACUUGAUCGUUUAGUUUUAAGCUCUUGCACAUAUCUUAGAGAGCUUCCAAUUAGCUUAUUGAAGUUGGAAUAUCUUAAGGAGCUUGAGUUGUCAGGCACUCAACAUGCUUGUAUAAUAUCUCUGAUCACAGUAAUGCAACAGAGCCAACCAGUUGGUUUUAGCUGCUCAAACUUAGAGAACUUGGAUCUCGCGAAUUGUGGUCUGUUAGAUGAAGAUCUUCACGUGAUUCUGACAUGUUUUCAGAAUGUGAAAGAUUUAUAUCUUCCAGGGAAUGAUUUUGUGUCCCUUCCUGAGUGCAUUAAAGAGUGUGCUUAUUUGGAGAGACUAAAUCUGAGUGAUUGCAAGAGGCUAAGAGACAUACCAGAGCUGCCAUCAACGUUGCAGCAUAUAGCUGCAGAGGAUUGCACGUCAUUAACUACAGAGUCGUUAGACCGUUUAUGGUCUCAGGCAAGAAACAGCUCUUUCGUGGGUAUAGGUAUGCCAGCAACAACAUUUCCAGAAUGGUUUGACUAUUGCUGUGAAGGAGCAACAUUGUGUUUUCGUGUUCGAGGAAAAAUUUUCCCUCAUAUUUUCGUGGCGCUUGAGUCGGAGAAAUCCAACACAAGUACGACAUACUUGUUCAAAGUUUUCUUGAGCAUCAAUGGUCGCAACAUACCAUGCAACCUAAGUGAUGAUGAUUAUGGUAGUUUUGUUGAACGGGAAGAAGUUCGUGAUUUGGAGUCUUUUUUUGGUAAACAAGGUCAUGUGUUUCUCUCGGAUCUAGAAUGGAAUUUUAAUGAUGAAGAGUUAGAGGGGCUUAACAAGUUUCUGGGACUCGAUUGGAAUGACGUGGAGAUACAUUUUACAUGUGACCCACCUGGUAUCUCCAUAGUUAACUGUGGUGUUUAUGUCGUCGAUAAGGAGUAAACAAACAUGGAGAAUGUUCAGUUCAAGUCUUCUGAUCUGCUUUCCAUGAAUGCUUCAACAACUUCACUGAAACGAAGAGAGAUAGAUUCGCUUCAUAAUGAACCACCCAAGAAGCUCCCGAGAAAUUAAAGUUCAUUCGCCUGCUGGAAGAAGGAAGAAUGGAUUUAGAAUGCAUGUCCGCUGCCCUCUACUGUUCCCUCUAAUGUCUAAAAUUUCAACCAUUUAUUUUGGGGAAUUAGAUAGAUUUGAUGUAAUUUUUCAGCAGGAAUUAUAAUUAAUGCUCAAAUUGUCAUAUCGUUAAUGGAUGAUUUGAAAGUUAAAUAGAGCUUAGCUUGUUCAAUGCU